AUGAAGAGGAGUCUGAAACUGAAGUACGAAGAGAAGCACAGAGAAGCUUUGGAGAAGGAGGAGGAACUGGUGGAGGGCUUCAACAUGGCUGAUCAGAGAAGACAGAUGAUGAAAUACUGGGUGAUGGCAGAGAGCAGCUGCCCUCAAUUUCUGAUAGCGCGUUCUAGUGUUUGCGCAGCUUCAUCUAUGAUCACCUUCUUUUUCGUGAUCAUGUAUACUUUGGUACAUGUAAUUCAUGGGAUAAUCAAGUCUGUGCCAGGGAAGACGCCCUAUGGAGUUUACACCAAAAGGAUUAUAGAGAUUCAGUUCUAUGGGGCGGGGAUAGCCGUGAUUCUGGCUAUGUUGAGAUGGUUCGUCACCGUCAGCUUUCGUUGCUCAUCAACUAACACGUGGAUGAUUGAAAGCUACUGGAUUCAGACGCUCAACGACUGCAGAAACAGCUCCACAGGCAUCAAAAUUGGGCCAAACAAAUGGGGCAAAGGUCUUCUUGAUGCAAAAUGGAGUGUCCUAACUUUCUGCAUUGGAGUUCAGUGUUUUAUUGUUCUUGCAAGCAAAACCCUCAUCUUCUUUUCCAGCUUCAUGGUGGCUCCAUUUGUGUUUUGCUUCUCUCAGAUCAACAAGUUUGCAAGAAGGCACCAUGAUGCUUCAUCGGGUGGUGACGACGUGGAUCCAAACCUAAACAGUUACAUUCUGUUACUAGACGGCGAGGUGGACCUGCUGACAAGCUUCGUAAAAAGCAUGUGCCGCGAGGCUGAUGGCAUGAUUCAGAUAGGUAGAGAAAAGAAGCCCUCCAACCUUAUCAAUCUUCUACACAAGUCUGUUUACUCCAAUAGUAGCCAAAUUACAAGCCUAGUUUCUCAUGACUGUUGGACUCUACAAGUAGUCACUCUCACAAGCAUUGCAGUCGCCCUUCCCAACAUCUCCCAGCAUCAACGCAAGCAGUUGUUGAGAAGUGUGAGCGAAGGCCUUCCUCUUGCAAAAGUAGUCGAAAAAACUUUGGAUACAAAUGCGAAACUUAAAAGCAUUAGGAAUGCUGCAAGUUCUACUUGGGUGGAACUGCUAGUUUACUCAAAGUGGGUACAGAUCGAUCUCACAAGUGGAUUUUUGUGGUGCAGAAACUGUGAGCAAGUCUUGCAAGAGCUCUCUGAUAAAGCCGAAGAGAUCGUCAUGGGGUGGAAGAGUGAAUCGCUAGAUUCCAAUAUGGGAAAUCCUCUAAACUUCCCAGCAAGAGUUGUGGCUGCAAACUCCAUGUACAGAAUUUGUCAAACCAUUUUGUUGUCCUAUGGUGAAGUGGAAAGUUGUGAGGACAUGUGGGAGAGAUUGUGUGUUAUGAUCGCAGAUGUUUUUUCUGCGUGUCUCACCAAUUUGCCAUAUGCUAUAACCAAAAUGUGUCACCAGAGUUGCAUUGAGAAGCGAGAGAAGACCGUGCGCCAAGCGUUUCUGCUUUUGGGAAAGACAGAACAAGUCCUUGCAAAUAUUCAACAGCAUCAACGGCCAUGUAUAGAUCAUGAAGAUGAAGCUUCAACAAUGUCAUGCGUGAAUGAUUUGGCUAUAACUGUGGGCUGCUGA